UGGCCGAGGAGAAGUGAGUUGUUUCCGCGAAUUUUAUACAAAGURGAUUUGAACAUAAAUCUCAUCAUAGACAAUUUUCUUGGACAAAUCAGCAGCUGACAACUCCAAUGAGUAUAUAUAUGAGAAUGGAUUCUGUAAAAAGCGUUUGCAAUGUGGCCGGAUUUCGGUUUGUGGUCGUAGCUUUGUCYAAACUAUGGACGCUUGUUCUGUAUCUCCUSAGAAGAAACCUUAAAAUGAUUAUUCAACACAAGACAAUAAAGUAUGAUCCAUACCCUCUAUCACCGCUAUCUAUAGAAAGACUUAAACUUGUCAAGAAAAAAACACUAGUAUUAGAUUUAGAUGAAACCCUUGUACAUGCUCAUCAUGAUGGUGUUGCUAGACAAACAGUUCGACCAGGUAGUCAUCCUGAUUUUACAAUGAAGCUUUCAAUAAAUAGACGUCCAGUGAUGUUUUCCGUUUACAAACGACCACACGUGGAUUAUUUCCUUGACUGUGUCAGUCAGUGGUACAAUUUGGUGGUUUUUACAGCUAGUACAGAGCAAUAUGGUUCUGCAGUUACUGAUCAUUUAGAUAAUAAUAGAGGAAUCUUGAACAGAAGGUACUUUAGACAGCAUUGUAGUUUACAGCCAUUUCAGCAAGGUUACAGUAUGUACGUUUGCUACGUAAAAGAAUUAUCCAAAGUAUGCGAUGAUUUAUCAUCAGUAUUUAUACUUGAUAAUUCACCUGAAGCUUACAGCUAUAACUUGGAUAAUGCCAUCGCAAUAAAGUCAUGGUUUGCAGACCCGUCAGACACUGCAUUGUUAAAUCUAUUACCAAUGCUUGAUGCAUUGCGGUUUACUUCAGAUGUGCGCUCCAUAUUAGGGCGUCGCCUUCAUACGUACGUAAAUAGAUAAGGGGACACAUUCCAAUAUUAAUAACUCUAUAUUCACAUUAUUGAAUUGAAGAGUCCAAACAUUAUAGACCUAUGCAUGAAGUGAUCAUCACUUARAAUCUCCCAAAGUGUUUGAUACCUAAGGAGAAAUAAGGUUUUGGUCAUGGAAGCAUCACAGCUACUUUCACAAAUUUUUCUAUUGGCAAAUAGUGAAGUAUGAACAGAUAAUUUAUCUUGAACUUGUCAAUCAGCUUUAGUACAGUCAAUGAGAUUGUAAUCAGCACUCAGUACGUCGGCGAAAUGCAUCAUGGGWUUGAUGAAGGUACGAAUUGAAGAUAAGCUGUUGUUUAUCGAUUGUGUUUCAAGCUGUUUUGCGUACAUGUACAACAAGCAUUACUUGUUUCCUGGACUGGUUUUGUAGUACACUCUAAGUGUGUGGGCAUCUUAUUUAAUGUUCAUCCAGACCGUUCUCGAUUAGCCUCCUCCGCAAGCUGCUCCUUUUUCUCCUUUUUGGGAUUCCUGUGGUAACGAGGGAUAUGGCAGAGCGGGGACUGGGGUUUAUUUUUGCUCGCUCCCAGUCUCGUUUCCUCAACACAGGAAGCCCGAUGAAGAAAAUGUCUGUGGAGGAGGCUAGUUCUCGAUGACAGAUAACGUUAAUUUUGCAAACAGCGCCGUCCUUUUGCACAGUUUUAUCAGUACCAUGAUGCAUUUCGCUUAACGAAACAUGAAUUCUCCUAUCCAUAGCCUGUCAACCUUUAGUACUGCACUUUAGAGUGGUUUUCAUUAACCCGUGGAACACACCUUAGCGUAUUUAUCGCUAUUACACUUUGGCUCUUUUGUUUUUUAUUGUCUCUACGCGACUAUUACGAUCUAUUACACUCUAAUUAUUACACUUUGUUUCACGGGCUUAUGAAAACCACUCUAAACCACAACGUUGCAGUCUAAAAUUGACAAAACUGAUUGAUUUUGUGCAGUUACUAAAGCGAUCGUUUCCUCAAACGACUGUAUAGUGUGUCAAAUACUGAUCAAAAUAAGCCUGGGAACUACCGGUAGAUUUGACAUGAAUGGGGAGUGGAAUCUAGUUAAGUAUAACUUUCAAGGUUGAUAAUGGCUUCCUGUCCAAUGCAGCUGGGCUGUUACUUGGGCAGCUACCCUGGGGGUUAUAUUACUGCACCACUCUACCCCUGUUGGGUUUUUGAGUUUGAAGACUUCUUGUUCGUGUAUAGUCAAUUAUCCGGUU